GUCAUCGUAACGAUGCUUCAUGUAACUUUCACUUAUUAUUCAAACUUCUUACAUCCUCAACCAUCUCAUGAGGGACCAGUCAGUAAGCACCAUCCAGCGAGUGCUGCUCAUACGUCACCGGCCACGGCCACGAUCAUUCCAAUCGCAUCACUUUAACCAAUUUAACACAACCUUUAGGAAACAAAAGAGCAUCAUGCCGGCGACAGUGGAUACCUCGCUACCGGGAAACGCUACCGGCGCGGCAGCUGGAUUUGCAGCGGAGCACGCCGCUGAACAUCCCCUUAAGCUAUACGGAGGUUGGUUCUGUCCGUUCGUCCAACGGACCUGGAUCGUGUUGCACGAGAAGCGCAUUCCGCAUCAAUAUGUCGAGAUCAAUCCGUAUGCUAAAGCACCCGAGUUCCUAGCGCUCAACCCGCGCGGACUUGUUCCUACGUUAGCUGUUCCUGUGGAUGCGGAACGCAAAGGAAAUAAGCGGAAGCCAUUGUACGAAAGUGCUGUUGUGUGCGAAUAUCUCGACGAGGCGUAUGCUGACGAGAAGGAAAAUGGACCUGGAUUAUUACCCCGCGACCCAUACGAGCGUGCUAGGUGCAGACUCUGGAUUGAUCAUAUUAGCAGUAAGAUCGUACCGGGUUUCUAUCGAGUGCUGCAACACACUUCCGAUAAGGGAUAUAGCAUCGAAGAAGCGCGAGAAGGUUUCCUCGGCCAAAUUAAGACGUUCGUAAAAGAGAUUCUAGAAAAUGAGAAAGAUGGCGAAGAUAGCGGGCCGUGGUUUCUCGGCCGUACAUUCAGCUUGGUAGAUGUUAUGCUUGCACCCUGGGCGAAGCGCCUCUUCCUUAUCGAUCAUUACAAGCCCGGCGGAGUGGGCAUUCCGGCCUCGGGACAGGCCGGCGAUGAGGAAGAAGAGAAAAUAUGGGAAAGAUGGAGGAAAUGGUAUGACGCGAUAGUUGAGCGCCAGAGCGUCAAAGAUACUUGGAGCGCUGAUGAGCAGUAUAUCGCUGCGUAUAAGAGAUAUGCGGAAGAUACGACGCAGUCUGAGGUCGCGCAGGCCACGAGAAAGGGCGAAAGACUUCCGUGAGACGAUGGCACCAUUCGAUUGCAAUUAGGUUAGGUUAGAUAUUCACAUAUCUUCAAAUUGUCUCACUCACCUACUUGAUCUGGUCUAUUCGAAACGAAAAUGGCGAUUUUCUAAGAGGCACAAGCUCCACCUGAAUCAAUAGCUUCGGUUGGAAUCAUUCGCGAUCCUUCAGUGGGGAUUUUAUUAGGUAUCUUAAUUCUUAGCUUCUACCUGCGAGGUUCUAUAAUUAUCUCUAUUUUUAUCAAUAACAAGCAUGGCACCCCGGAGAACUCAGCACAGACUAGAUCGAAGAGAUACUGUAUAAUGCGGAAAUAUAAAUUCAUUAUCGAUGCCAACACUCGCAAUAGCCUUUUGGACUUCCCCGUUUUAUUGGGUGCUCGUCCGUAGGUCUGGCCUGGAAGCCCUGUUACUUGCAAGCCCCGCCAUCAGAAGCUGGAAGGAUUCUCUUGAUCCAGAGAGCCAUGUUUCAAAAUAAUAGAUCCUUCUGCACCCUCAUUUCUUUUGUCCUCUCAUUCCUCUGUAGGAUAAGUCAUAAUGUGACAAACAGUGAAUCUAUCUUAUCUCGUCAUGUAGGUCAAAGUUGACCGAGUUGAUGAGUACAGUAGCCACUGAAGAUAUUAUCCACUAGAGAUAGAUUCAACGUACAGAGUAGCAUGUACAAUUAAAGAUUAUUAUUUUCCUGACAGCAGCCUUCAAUAAAUUGCCAUUAAUACUGAGUUAGUUCUGCCUGUCUAUUUCUAUUUCUA